GGGCACAAGACACACAGCCUGUCUGCUCUGCCCCCGCCCUGCAGAUGCCGUUGGCUGCAGUCUCAUUGGGUCUCCUGUUGUUGGCCCUCCUCCUGCUCCUGCGCCACCUGGGCUGGGGCUUGGUGGCUAUUUUCUGGUUUGAGUACGUGCUGCAGCCAGUCCGCAACCUGAUCAUGGGUGACACAAAGGAGCAGCGCAUCCUGCGCUACGUGCAGCAGAAUGCCAAGCCUGGAGACCCUCAGAGCGUCCUGGAGGCCAUCGACACCUACUGCACACAGAAGGAAUGGGCCAUGAAUGUGGGUGACGCGAAAGGCCAAAUCAUGGAUGCAGUGAUUCGGGAGUACAGCCCCUCCCUGGUGCUGGAGCUGGGAGCUUACUGUGGCUACUCAGCAGUGCGAAUGGCCCGCCUGCUGCCACCUGGAGCCAGGCUUCUCACCAUGGAGAUGAACCCUGACUACGCUGCCAUCACCCAGCAAAUGCUGAACUUUGCAGGCCUACAGGACAAAGUCACCAUCCUCAAUGGGGCAUCCCAGGAUCUUAUCCCCCAGCUGAAGAAGAAGUACGAUGUGGACACACUAGACAUGGUCUUUCUUGACCACUGGAAAGACCGCUACCUUCCAGACACACUUCUCCUGGAGAAAUGUGGCCUGCUGCGCAAGGGGACAGUGCUCCUAGCUGACAACGUCAUCGUCCCGGGAACCCCUGACUUCCUGGCGUAUGUGAGAGGGAGCAGCAGCUUCGAGUGCACACACUACAGCUCAUACCUGGAGUACAUGAAAGUUGUAGACGGCUUGGAGAAGGCAAUCUACCAGGGUCCAAGUAGCCCUGACAAGUCUUGAUCCCGCAGCCUGCCCCCCGCUCCCCUUCCAGCUUCCCUCUGCGAGAUGACACACAUUCAAUCUGACCCUUUCUAUGUUCCUGGGGCUUGUCCUCGGGGGCUGUGGUUCCAGACUGUCAUACACUGGCACAUUUUAAAGGUAGUGAGCCCACUAUGCAAAAUCACUUCAGUAACCCUGAAGAGCACCUAUGGAUGAAAGGCUGAAUUGAGGCCAAAGGUACAAUAGAUCACAGCCUGCCCCGCACGCAAAAGGCCUCAAGAUUCAUCCUCUGCGCCCGAGCUUCAUGGUCUCGCUAACUAGAAGAGGAGAUCUUCACGGGGUUUCAGUGUGGGAUCCCUAGGCACUGCAUCACCAGUUAGGCCCAGCAGGAAGUCAGCAAACUGUAAAUGUCCAGACGCCAAAUGGCAGCAGAGGCUCGGGGACAGCACUGUCACCAGCAGCUCACACAACAUCUCAUCUGAAGAAUGAGUCACAAGCUUUCCAGGUAUGGUGGUGCACGCCUGUCAUCCCCAGUAUCCAGGAGGCAGAGGCAUGAGUUCAGUGCCAGCCUGGUCUACAUAAGUGAGUUCCAGGACAGCCAGGGCUACGUAGAAAUACUUUUUAAAAAAAGCUAUAACCUCUUUUAUAUUAUAAAAGAAAUUAAAGGUCUACAUAUUUGGAUACAAGAAA